AUGGAAAACGUGUUCCGGCAAUCCCAGGAGGACGAGCUCCUCCUGGCCUAUUUAUCCCGGUCAAUUGUGGAGAAAUCCACCAUUGAGAUUCAGCGGGAUGGUAGAGCGUUUUUAACUCUUCAAAUGGUCGACAACACGACCAUUAGUGGUCUAAUGGAGCGGAACGACGGAACCCCAUACAACUGGGAAGAAAUCGACGACGAUAAUGUUUGGAGAGGGGAUAGGCCGGGAUUGAAACUCCAAUUAGGGCAUAUUACCAUCAUAAACCUAGGAGGAUUUCUGCAUAUGCCUCCGAGGAUGGCUGCGCUGCUGAAGCGCAGCGUUGAAAACAUCAGCGGCAUCUAUUUCGUCAACCUUCUAGGGCUCGACACGGUCAUCCGGGCUCUGGAUGGCGCCAAUAAACCGUGGAGGAAUAUGUAG